AUUAUGCGAUUAUUGUCGUCAUAAUAUCAAUUAGAAUUCCGUAAAUUUGUGACUUGUUAAGAAAUUUAAAUGUCGAGACGUAUGCCUUCAAAUUAACGUAAAGAAGACCGAUUGGUUCGAGGGAAAGUUGCGAGCUACGCUAGUUUCAUGUUUUCAGAGAGUCAGAGUAAAAGCGACAUUGCUCUCAGCAAAAGAUUAUCAUAUCUGCUACGUCAUGGAGCUAUAAAGGAAGGCUUAAAUAUUAAACCAAACGGCUUUGUCACAGUUAACGAACUGUUGAAUAAAUCAUUGUAUAAGUAUACUAUUGAUGACAUCAAGAGAGUAGUAAAGGAAAAUAACAAGCAAAGAUUUACCCUUGAAACAAUUGACGGUGUUUUAGAGAUUAAGGCAAAUCAAGGCCACUCUAUAUUCAAGAUCAAUGAACUGAGCUUGAAGAUACUUGACUGCGUGGACUUUGAUAUAAUUCACGGGACCUAUUUUAAGUACUGGUCAAAGAUAAAAACUGAAGGUCUAUCACGUAUGAAAAGAAAUCACAUUCACUUUGCGAAGGGAUUAAAUUUUAUCAACGGUUUACGUCAAAGCGCCGAACUUUUUAUUUACAUCAAUUUUGGAAGAGCAAAGGAAGAUGGCUUAAUAUUUCUCGAAUCUGAAAAUGAUGUUGUUCUCUGUGCUGGAAAUUCAAAAGGAUUGAUCGAAACAAAAUAUUUUCUGAAAGUGAUCACUAGAGAUGGUCAAUUAUUGAAUUUUAGUUAAAUAGUGAUCUUUUUUAAUCUUUCUAUUUUUAUAUAGCGUAUCGUUAUAUAAUAAUACUUCCAAGAGAAAUUGCAAGCGAAACAGAAAUAUAAUUAAGUUAGAA